AGAGUCCUUUUCAAUCAAGUACAUCAUAAUACCUUGAGUAUAAACAUAGUAUACUUCCACAAAACCACAUCAUUUUUUGUACUUUGGAACUCCAAGAGGAGAAAGCCAGUGUGUGAGCCAUGAGGUCCAGCUACUUUCUGUUCUUCUCCUUGCUGUUGGUGUCGUACGGCUCCGCUGCCGUCAUCACAGGGUCAUGUGAAAAAGAUUCGCAGUGUGGUGGCAGUAUGUGCUGCGCAGUCAGUCUGUGGAUACGCAGCCUUCGGAUGUGUAUUCCGAUGGGACUGGAGGGAGAGGAAUGCCAUCCCAUGAGCCAUAAGGUUCCAUUCAGUGGGAAGAGGCUCCAUCACACAUGCCCAUGUUUGCCAAACUUGGCAUGUAUUACUACAGAGGAAGGCAAUUUCAGAUGUGCUUCACCAUCCAAGUUCCAAGAUUAUUAUCUCUGAAUGAUAUACAUGCUCAUAUGUGGAAGGCUGUAUAAAAUGUAUAGUGUCAAUUUUGUCAAUUAAUUUAUGGAAAUAUUACUAUUUAUUGAGAAAAUACCCAUUUCAUAUUGAGCCAUCACCGAUCAGUGUUGUCUCCUAAUGUCUUCAUUAUUAAAAUAAAAGAUCAUGAUUGUAUUUUGCAGCAAUAAAGUCUGUACAUGAACAGUGAAUCAUUGCUAUGUGAUACUAUUGCUCUUUUCAU